GCGUCGCCGCCAUCUUUGUUGAUGUGUCAGCUCCGCGGGGGCUUGGGGGAGCUGUGGCGCCGAGAGAGAGAGAGGUGUCCCGCCCUGGUCCUCGCCGCUCUGCUUCCCUCCCACUCUGCCCCGCGAUGGAGAAGUUGGUCUCUGAGCUGGAGCUCCAGCGGCCUCGCUAGGGUGCGGCCUGAGGCUUGGAGAGGAGGGAUGUAAAACGAAGAUCAGGAGCAGAUUUGAAGAAAUGCAGAGUGAGUUACCAAUCAGCAUGGCAGAGACAGAGCACGUAGCCUCCAUUUCCUCUGAUAAAAAUCCUGGGACAGCAUCUGAAUUAACGGAAGACUCAUGCAUCUCAUUUUCUGGUGAUGAAAGCUGUAAGUUAGAAAAUGAGUCCAAAGUAUUGUCAUUAAAGUGUGAUGAAACAUUAUGUCAGUCCAACGAACACAAUAGUCAGAUUGAAGCACAGGAAAAUGAUAUUCUGGAUCAUGGUGGAGGUGAGAAUUCUUGUGCUAAAAGAAACAUAUGUGCUGAAAAUUCUGAACAAACGGUUAAUUUUCCUAGUGGAGAUUCUGCAGAGCAACUUUCAAAAACAAGUGAAACAGAACAGACAGUUACACAAAUACUGGCUGAGUUAAGAUCAUCUACGUUUACAGAAGUUGCUAAAGAAAAGACUUAUUCAGAAAGUCCUUAUGAUACAGACUGCACCAAGAAGCUUAUUUCAGAAAUAAAGAAUGUUUCGACCUCAGAGGAUUUGUUGGAAGAAAUAGAGUCUGAACUCUUAUCUACAGACUUGGCAGAGGAACGCCACCGAGUGCCAAAUGGAAUGAAUAAGGGAGAACAUGCAUUGGUUCUGUUUGAAAAGUGUGUGCAAGAUAAGUAUUUGCAGCAAGAACAUACCAUUAAAAAGUUAAUUAAAGAAAAUAAGAAGCACCAGGAGCUCAUCUUAGAUAUUUGUUCGGAAAAAGAUAAUCUCAGAGAAGAAUUAAAAAAAAGGACAGAAACAGAGAAGCAACAUAUGAGCACAAUUAAACAGUUAGAAUCAAGAAUAGAGGAACUAAAUAAAGAAGUUAAAGCUUCCAAAGAUAAACUAAUAGCUCAAGAUACUGCAGCUAAAAAUGCAAUUCAACAGUUACACAAAGAGAUGGCCCAACGGAUGGAACAGGCCAACAAGAAAUGUGAAGAGGCACGCCAAGAAAAAGAAGCAAUGGUAAUGAAGUAUGUAAGAGGUGAGAAGGAAUCUUUAGACCUUCGAAAGGAAAAAGAGAUACUUGAAAGAAAACUUAGAGAUGCAAAUAAGGAAUUUGAGAAGAACACUAACAAAAUUAAACAGCUUUCUCAGGAGAAAGGCCGGUUGCACCAGCUGUAUGAAACAAAGGAAGGGGAAAUGACUAGACUCAUCAGAGAAGUAGACAAAUUAAAGGAAGAAAUCAACUCUCACAUCAUUAAAGUGAAGUGGGCACAAAACAAAUUAAAAGCUGAAAUGGAUUCUCACAAGGAAACCAAAGAUAAACUCAAAGAAACAACAACAAAGUUAACACAAGCAAAGGAGGAAGCAGAUCAGAUACGACAGAACUGUCAGGAUAUGAUAAAAACGUAUCAGGAAUCAGAAGAAAUCAAAUCAAAUGAGCUUGAUGCAAAACUUAGAGUCACAAAAGGAGAACUUGAAAAACAAAUGCAAGAAAAAUCUGACCAGCUAGAGAUGCAUCAUGCCAAAAUAAAGGAACUAGAAGAUUUGAAGAGGACAUUUAAGGAGGGUAUGGAUGAGCUACGAACACUGAGAACAAAGGUAAAAUGUCUAGAAGAUGAACGAUUUAGAACAGAAGAUGAAUUAUCAAAAUACAAGGAAAUUAUUAAUCGACAAAAAGCAGAAAUUCAGAAUUUAUUGGACAAAGUGAAAGUUGCAGAUCAGAUACAGGAACAACUUCAAAGAGGUAACCAAGAAAUUGAAAAUUUGAAGGAAGAAGUGGAAAGUCUUAAUUCUGUGGUUAAUGACCUGCAAAAAGACAUCGAAGGCAGUAGGAAGAGAGAAUCUGAGCUACUGCUGUUUACAGAAAGGCUCACCAGUAAGAAUGCACAGCUUCAGUCUGAGUCCAGCGCCUUGCAGUCGCAAUUUGAUAAGCUUUCCUGUAGCGAGAAUCAGUUACAGAGCCAAUGUGAGCAAAUGAAACAGACCAACAGCACUCUGGAAAGUCGAUUGUUAAAGGAGGAAGAACUGCAUAAAGAAGAGGUGCAGACUCUGCGAGCUGAACUCACUGGUAGGCAGGCAGAAGUUACAGCGUUGAGUACCCAGGUGGAAGAGCUGAAGGAUGACUUAGUAACUCAGAGACGUAAGCAUGCCUCCAGUGUCAAGGACCUAACCAAACAACUUCAGCAAGCACGAAGAAAAUUAGAACAGAUUGAGACUGGAAACUAUGAUAAAGAAGUCAGCAGCAUGGGGAGUCGUUCUAGUUCAUCAGGGUCCCUUAAUGCUCGAAGCAGUGCAGAAGAUCGAUCUCCAGAAAAUACUGGGUCAUCGGUCGCUGUGGAUAACUUCCCAGAAGUCGACAAGGCCAUGUUGAUCGAGAGGAUAGUUAGGCUGCAGAAAGCACAUGCCCGGAAAAAUGAAAAGAUAGAAUUCAUGGAGGACCACAUCAAACAGCUGGUGGAAGAAAUUAGGAAAAAGACAAAAAUAAUUCAGAGUUACAUUUUACGGGAAGAAUCGGGAACACUUUCUUCAGAGGCAUCUGAUUUUAACAAAGUCCAUUUAAGUAGACGGGGUGGCAUCAUGGCAUCUUUAUAUACAUCCCAUCCAGCUGAUACUGGAUUAACGCUGGAACUUUCUUUGGAGAUCAACCGAAAAUUACAGGCUGUUUUGGAGGAUACAUUACUGAAAAAUAUUACUUUAAAGGAAAACCUCCAGACACUUGGAACUGAAAUAGAACGCCUUAUUAAGCACCAGCAUGAACUAGAACAGAAGACAAAGAAAAUUUAACACAAAACUCUUGCUCAAUAAGCAGACAGAAGCCACACAGGAGCAGGUGCCAUUGACCAGUAUUGUUGGAAACUUCUUCCUGCUUUAUGUGUCAGCCCGUGACAAGUCUGUUUUGCUUCAUCUGUAUAAAAAGUGUCCCUUUACAGUCUGGAUGCAUUGCUCUGUGUCCUGUGUGAGCGCAGGCUUUCUGGAAAUCUGGGUGGUGCAGAACAGCGGCCUGGCCUUGGAUCCACACAGCUUAGUCUGCUGGUUGUCAGAGUGCUGAACAUUACCUCAAGGGCUUUGAAAAACCCCUUCUCCAUGUUUCUUCCCUUUAAAAUCCAUAAUGUCAAAAGUGAUUCAACUUACAAAACAAGCCUGAAAAGACAGAUAGCAGUCAGCGGCAGUGGACUGUUUGACCAGCACCGAGAACCCUGAAGAUGAGGCGGAGUUUCAUGUUCUGACCCUCCAUGGUAGCGCUGGGUUGUGUUUGAAGGAUGUGUAUGACUCCUUGGGUCUUCUCAUUUUUACUUUGAUGAAGACCAAAUCAAAUAGGAAAGCUAGCCAUUGGUAACCGGCAGUGGUCAGGCGUUGUAUGUCCGUGUCAGGUUUCCUUAUCUGCCAUGGCUACAUUUUAUCAGAUUUGAAUUGUUUAAUAGUUGAAUUUUAAAAGUGUUUAUUAAGAUUUUAAAUAACAUGUUCAUUUAGAAAAUUCCCGUACGGUUCAGUUAUAUUUUAAAUUGUGAAAUGAAUCCAAUCAUUAGAAAAGCGAAUGAUUCUUUGAAACAUCAUAAAAAGAUAAAUAUAAGGUUUAAAGACAUUAUGAAGAACCAGUUCCCCAGGAGAAACCAGCAUAUGGCACUGUUAACCAUUUCACGUGGGCACCAUUCUUCAUUGAGGAUAUAAUUAACAGAGGGGAGUUAGCAUACCAUUCCUCCAAAUAAAACGUUUCUAAUUCUUUAUUUGGCACCAAAGGAAUUUUAGAGCCAAAUUUUGGUACCUUUUGGAUUUUUACAAUAUUUAUUUAGAUGGACAUUUACAUGUUGCCGGAGUAUCAGUGUCUCUGUCAUUGAAGUUUUUCUCACCUCCUGUCGUUUCUCACCUAUUUUAAUUUCUGAGUUUAAUUUUUCAGUUUGCGUUAUGUUCAGAUCCAUUUUGUAAUAGGAUACUUUGGCUUAUGUGUAAAUGUUACAGGAAGCUUCACUUUUGUUCUGAAUUUUUACGUUCUUUUUUUUUUCUUUGAAGGAAGUACGCUUUGGUGUGAUAUAAUAAAAGCCUUUAAAGAUUUGUAUAGGCUCCAGAAGUUGGGCUCAUGGUGGCAAUGUCCUUUUAAUGUGUUUUAACAUUUUUUUUACCAACUUGACAUUGUUUAAAAAGGUUAUUUAUUAAGGAUUAGAUGAAUCAAUGUAGUCUCUUAUUUUUUCUGUUUAUUGAGUCAUGUCCAUAAAUAUCUUUCACUUCAAAAUGAAAGUAUAUUCACACAUUCAAAGAUGUUUUAUUUUUAAAAUAGCUGUUAAAAGUAUUAGUCUCAGUAUAAUGUGUUGCUAUUUUUAACCAGUAGUAAUUUAUCAAAAUUUAAAAAGUGGGUAAGUGCAAUAAAAAUCUGAAUUAUUUUCCCAUUUGUCUCUAGACAUUGCUGACACUCCACAGGACUACUCAGAGUAGGCAACAUCAUUAAAAGUGAUACUGAUUCAUAAUUUUUUUGUUUCUCCAAGGCACAAAAUGAAUAAUGGAGACCAAAUAGGGAUCAGAUCCCCAGUGUCCUAUGCCUAUGCACUUUAAUACACACACACGUGCGCACACACAUUACAGACAGAGAUGAAACAUUCCAGUGUUAUUAUUUGUGCCACCAUCUUCUUGGAGAAGUUUAAUAAUUAAACGGUUUUGGAAGGCAAUUAUUAAAAAGCAUAUGUGACUGUUUUGCUGUCCUUCCCCUCCAUAAUGAAGGAAGGGCUUUCUUUUCUUCUUCAGUGUCUACUGUAUCGUUUUGUAUAUGGAGCAGGACUGAGCAAAGUGAGCCUGUGUCCAACGCACUGAUUUCUGUGCUGAUGCACAAACAGCUCCCGCUGUAAGGAUUUAGCCGGCCUUUGACUUGUUACUGUGUUGAACAGAGGAAUGGGAUGUCUGGAAGGGGACGUGGUCUGGAUAAACCUGAAGUCCGGGGGAAAUUGCUUCAUCUGUUCAUUUAUACACAUCAAAGGCUAGUCUGGUUAGUGACCCUUCGCUGUCUUUGAACAAGAAAUGACUGUGUGUGUGUGUGGGUGGGUGGGUGUGCUUCACUAGGUUUUAGUUUGAAAUUGGAUGCUGGCUGUGAAUCCCUUUUCCCCAUAUCACUUAAGAUUUGUAGCCUGUUAAGUUUUAAAGAUCGAUAAAUGGUGAGUUUGGAAGGAAGACUUAAGUUUGAACUGUGAUCAGGGUUUUUUGGUGAUUUUUUUCUUUUUCUACAGUGUUACCUCUAUGUUCCAUCACCAUUUAAAAAGCAGGUUAGCUUGAAAUGAAAUGUUCAGGCUAUCCACAUGCUGUUUUCCCAUUUACUACACACAUUAAAAUCCUCCCACUGCCAGGCACCACACAGGGCAUUGUUACUGCAUUGGGGAGUGGACCAGACAGGGCAGUCAGUUCCCUUUCUCAUGGGGUUUAUGGUGUAAAAGUAGGGCUAGGCCUUUGGUUCUUUUAGCUCACAGCCAGCCCCUUAAAACUGGGCUGAGAAGAGGGUGACUUUGUUUGGGCAAGUAGGUGGCCAGAAAUCUGACUCUGGCAUGAAUUUUUGGAAGCUGAAUCCAUGUUAAGCUGAGAACACACUGCUGUUUUCUUGGUAGUUGUGCGCAUUUCCUAACUUGUCACAACUUGAUGUUUCAUUUUGAUUUAAGAAAAAAGACAACAAUCCAAAGACCAUCAGGUGACAGAUUUUUACGAUUUUGUAAAUUACUAAGGCCUCCUCAGUGCUCAAAGGACAAACCUAAUCAUGCUGCCGUGUGUGUUUCUGGACUUUGUUUUGCAGUGUGUUGAUUUUUUUCCUAAUGAUUUUUACAUGCAAAUGUAGAUGGAGAUUUACCAGUAGAAGGGGAAAAAAACCACUGGAAACCAUGAACGUUGUAAAUGUUAUAUAUGCUACCCUGGUAAGGAUAUCUCACAAAUCAUGUCAUUCAUGCCUUACGAAUGUUGACUCUAGUAGCCUAUUCUACUGUAACUUUUUUUUUAAGAAAAAGAAAAACAGAAUAAUUCUUUUUUGACACUAAGAUUGUUAGUUUUUAACUAGCGCCAGUUGGUGGCACUGGAAACCUGAAAAUUUUCAGUGCUGAACAAGAAAAUAAUAGAAAAACAAUCCAAACAUGAAGUUUUCAGGAAAAUAAAUGAAAAAUAUUAAUUGCAGAUUUAAAAUGUAUUUUUCUUCUGGAAUGAAAUUCUUUUUAAAAAUGCAUAUGCUGUCCAUUUUGACUGUGAUGAUGAAACUUGUUUAUCUUCCAGAGUACACACAUAUGUGUCUCUAUAUAUAUGUGCAUUGUAUAGAUAAUCUUUAAUUUGAUUACACUGUUCAUUUUGUAAAUAUGUUUCUGUAUGAAAUGAAGCUUUUCAAGAGGAUUUAUGUAUAUAUUACACUUAUUAAAUAGAUAAUGCCUGUUU